AACUAUGCAUUCAGCACAUACAGUAAGUCAGCACACACACACACACAUGGAUCACAGGAACGCCCGCUGAUGAGCAUGUCUAGGCGCGGGUGCCCCCCUGGGGAGCGUAUGCGGCAACCUUGUUUCGGGUCUCGUCGCCCAGUACGCCAACUGGCGCUGGGUCUUUGGCGUCUCGGCCAUCAUGGCGGGCCUCAUCGCGGCCGCUGGCUUCUUCGUCAUCCCGCCGCCUCCACCGACCGUGAUGCAGCUCCGCGCGGGACGGAAGGCGUCCCUGGCAUCAGUAGACUGGAUUGGCGGCGCGAUCAUCACCACUGGCCUCCUUCUGCUGCUCUUCGCCCUGACAGAGGGUAACGUCGUCGGCUGGUCCGCGCCGUACAUCCCCGUCCUCAUCGUCGUGUCCGUCCUCAUCAUAGUGGGCUUCUACUUCUGGCAGCGUCACCUGGAGAGCAAGGGACAGCGCCCACCCGUGGUCAAGGUGUCCAUGUUCAAGAACCGUCGCUUCACCGUCGUCUUGCUCAUCAUGGGCGUCUUCUUCGCCUCGUUCAACAACUAUGUCAUCUUCGCCACCUAUUUCUUCCAGCAGUACCAGGGUCUAUACCCGUUGCAGACGAUGCUGCGAUUCAUCCCGACGGGUGUAGGCGGCGCCGUCGUCGCGUUCAUCGUGGCCAAGCUGAUGGACAAGGUGCCGACGGUGUUUAUCAUGCUGACAGGCACCAUAUCCAUGUCGAUUGCGUGCCUGCUCUUCUCCGUGCCCAUCCCGCCAAGCACGUCCUACUUUGCCUGGGGUCUGCCAGCCAUGUUGUUGGCGGUCAUAGGUGCUGAUACGACCUGGCCGUCCUUGACACUGUUCACGUCCAGGGCGUUGCCGCCGGAGGAUCAAGCCAUCGGUGGCGCGUUGAUCAAUGCCGUCGGUCAGCUUGGUCGAGCGAUAGGACUGGCCAUUGCCACGGCCGUGCAGACGGCUGUCAUGGCGGACCAGAGAGGGACGAGCGUCGAGGAUGUCGGCGGGUUGAAGGAGGGGGAUGGCCCAACGCUCGUCGGCAUCAGAGCUGCAAAUUGGCUGAGCUUCGGACUGGGCAUCGUGAGCCUGAUUCUCGCCCCCUUUGCCUUUAGAAGCUUGGAGAUUGUUGGCAGGGCGGUGCAGAAGCGCAGGCCGGAGGCUGGCGGAGGGGAGGAAGGCAUUAUGAACGAAGAAAUCAUCGAGACAGCCCAAGGCCUUGCCGAGAGCAAGCCGGCGGCUGCCAAGUGAUUCAUGCUCCGAUGCAGCAAUCAGUUCAUAAUAUACGUAAUUAGUUCCAGGUGUUCCGAAUUAA